ACACCGCGGCUCCUGAUUGGAUGAUAGCUGACAACAGCGAAGAAAACACGACUGGCUGUGACCGUAAGACAGAAAUGCAAUGAUAUGAAGUUUUUUGUCAGGGAAUUGAGAUAAUAACUGACAUUUCUGUAUUUGGAAGACAAUAAACAAGAUGUAGUGAGAUGUCGGGGCUUGUUCCGUUCCUUGGCCGUGUGUACACGCUGUCCAGUCGGGUCCUGUGGAGAGCUUCUCCCGGUGUCUCUCCGCUGCUCAGACCGCUACCAACUGGGCUGACAUGUGUUUUUACAGUCGGUAAAAAAGACCUGACAGACCUUCCAGCCCUGAUAGAGGACGAGCUUGAAGAGCAGUUUGUGAGAGGAUCUGGACCCGGAGGGCAGGCCACCAACAAAACCAGCAACUGUGUGGUGCUCAAGCACGUCCCUACUGGGAUUGUAGUCAAGUGUCAUCAGACCAGAUCUGUGGAUACAAAUCGAAAACGUGCACGGGAAAUUAUGAGAGAGAAACUUGAUGUUGCAUAUAAAGGAGACCUCAGUGAAGUCCUUGUGAAGAAGAAAGAGUCUGUGCAGAGGAAGCAAGAAAAGAGGAAGAAAGUAAAUGAGAAUCUGGAGAAAAAAAGACAAUUUAAAGAAGCACUGGCUACAGACUCCAAACCUGGAAAUGACACUGUAUAAAAUGUCUGUGUGGAAAAUGGAAUGAAGAUAAAAUUCUUGAAUGAUCCUGUAUGUUACGUUCGAAAAGACUCGACAACAAAAUCUGGAAAGGUACUUUUAUCAGUAUCCAAUCCAAGCAUCCUUUUAUAUUGCAUCAUUCAUGCAAAGUUGCAAGAUGUGCAAUGCAAGACGAAGGGAUUUUUAAAAUAAAAUAAAUAAAAACAAAGAACA